GGGCUCCGAACAGUUUUGAGUGAAUCGUUGUGCGAAGCGGUCAUCCAGGAACGCGGAACUUCCGCCUUCAAAGUUGCCCGUGCCGGUGAAAACGGUUCUGCUGGUAACCCCUACCGUGUGUGAGGGCAGUUCCGUGCGUUGCGUGUCGCGUGGUCCUUUCCCUCCCAGGGAGGAUGGCUGGUGCCUGGACGCGGCUCCGCUGGUGCAGUGAGUGACAGUGUGUCCUGUGGGCUGCCUUUUUCGUUGUUCUGUUGUUUUGGUUAGUGCGUAUGUGUGUGUGAUACCUGUGGUGGUGAUGGUGGCAGUGAGAGGAGGUUCAGUGACUCGACCAACCGCAAACAAAAACAUCAACCAGACCUAGCAAAACACGCAACAACCAGGUGACGCACCGCGCACGGGGUGUUGAAAGGCAUCAAUCAACGGUACAGCGUCUUCAAGCUAGCGCAACAGCAACACUUCGCACUCCCCGCUUGUUAGUAACAGCGCCACAAGUAACAGCAGACAAGCACACACAUCCACACACACACAAACACACAAGGUACACUCAAACUCAAAUAAAAAGAAAGAAAAAAGGGUAACACUCCUAAACCGAGCGUUACUGUGGAAGUUAAGUGCGUGUGAAGAAAUAAAAACACGACACGGGAAAAGCAAGUGAGCGAGCGAGAAAGAGAUAGAGAGAGAGAGAGACGGAGAGAGAGAGAGACGGAGAGAGAAGGAAGCAACAGGGAAUUACACAAAAAUUAAAAAAAAAACCAACAGACGAUACAAAAAAUGUACUAAAACAACUACACAAAACCACGCACGCAGCCGAACAAGUAGGCAGGAACAAAUAAAAACAGGGUUGGAAAAGCACACAAAAGGAGUGAGUAACUCCGGGGAGUAUAUACACACGCAUACACAUACACACACACAUUCACGCAGCGACUACAACCGAAAAAAAUAUAUAUACACAAACGGAUCGUUAACAACCGACCGACAACAGUUCCUUCCAUCACACGCGAGUUGUUUAAGCGUCCUAAAAACGGUCUGUUACGGGGUAACCGGAUGGCUUGGUUGACGAGUUUCUAUGUGGAAAUUGCGAAAUGAUUCCGAACUGGGGAGCAGCCGAUGGAACGGAACGUCGAAAGAAAUCCGACACCACUGCAAUCAAAAACCAACCGGGGCUGUCCUUAUUACGGAUCCAGCAUUGUAGGAUUCCCUUCAGGAUUAAGGAAUGUCGAGAUCUUUAAACGAGUCUUUCAAUCCUCCCACUUUUGAUUGAACACAGUUACGAUGGUUUACGUUAAAAAGACGGAACAUUUGAGGGCAUAAAGAGAAGGGGUUUUAUUUUAAUUGAAAUAUCUCAAUAACCACAAUCCGUAGUUGCGCCCCAAAUCGAUCCUUAUCGUGUGUGUGUGUGUGCGCGCUCUGCACACGAAACCACUGUACUGGGUGUGCGUGUGGACCUACUAAUGGGAGCUACUAUUGCGCCACCCUAAUCUGAUGGUGAAUAAUUUUGCAAAUCGCCCUUGCGAGGCUUAAAUACGCCAACAUAAACCCUUGUUGGCAAGGUCUGAACUGUGGUGGACGGUUUUUUUUUAAUUUAACUUUAUUUUAUUUCCUGAAGGUUAUAAUUAGCACUCAAGCACCGACAUAAUUUAGUACCGCGUCUGGCAAUUGGAGGGUUCUUUUGUGGCGAUUUGGGAAUUUGAACUCUGCCACGUUCUCCAGCUCGCUUUAAUGAGGUGCCUGCAAAGCGCGCACGCGGCUUCUCCCGACGCUUCGCAUUUAAUUUGAUCCUUAACGCAGGAUAAUGGUGGAAAGUUCGACUCCCAGCAGAUCCGUCGCUGGCUUGCGCCCUGUUCAGCAGAUAGGACAGAGGACAGAGGACCACCCCCGCUGCAAAAAGGGAUGUCAUCGCAUCGCACCGAUUGCUUAAUUCCAGCUCCGGCGUAAAUCAACUACACCCGCCUCACCUAAACCCAGUGCAAUUACCACCUGCGCGACAUGGCCGCCCGUGCACAACCAAAGCUUUAACUCUUCACCAACAUAUCAGCAACGCCUGGGGGAGAGGCAGGCGCCCUUCCGUAUAGACAACUGCCUGUGUGUGUGCCUGUGUGCGGAACGUUCCCUCCCCCUCCCCAUUCCCCGUUUGUGCACUUACCCCCACCACAGCACCAACAGCAAUGGACAAUUAGUGGCCAUAGUUUCUGGCGGAAAGUUUGCGCUACCAGUGCCGCGACAGGACGACACCGGCUGGCUGGGUGUUUGCUAGAAUCGUCGGACGACUGUAAGCGAGCGAGAGGGAGAGAGAGAGAGAGUGAAAGUGAAGUGAAUAGCGAAAGACACCCUUUGGGCCCCCAAGAUGUCUCUGACGGUGCGAAUUAACAAGUUUCAGCUGCCAAAGCCCAAGGCGAACCUGCUCGGGCGGGUCGAGUUUCGGGGUGUUGCGCAUACGACCACCGAGCUGAACUGCGGGUCGGAGCUCGUCGAAGUCAAUCAGAGCUUCAUUUGGCCGCUCGCCCGAGCCGCGGACGAGACGGAAACGAUAACGGUCGAGCUGCGGCAGCAGACGACCAAGAUCCUGCUCAAGACGGCGAUCGGCGUGUCGGGCUCGGGGACGCCCUCGAGCCGCGGCAGCAUCACCAGCAGCACGAAAAUUAUCGGCCGAUUCGUCAUGCUCGCGCAAGCACUCAUCCACGAGGGCCGGCUGCGGAUAGAGGACCGGCUGGUGGACCUGUCCAACAAGCCAAUCGAUGCAUACGUCAGCUUCGACGUGUACUACCAGAGCCCGGAGGACGAGUCGGGCAACUUUUACGCGCCCCGGGUCGUCCACUCGCUCCACCAGCAGUCCAGCAUCGACGACGACCAGCAGAUGCUGCUCAACAUCGAGCAAAACAUUGCCAACCUGGAGAAGAGCAUCACGCAGGGCAAGGGGGUGGACGGGGCGGGCUCGUCCGGCGGUGGCCAGGCCGGGCAGCGCCGGCCCGGCCGCACCAGCAACGGGGGCGACCGGAAACCGAACAUCAUCAAGCGCGUCAUGUCUUCCGGGUCGGCGGGGCUCGGCGAACGGGCCCCGCCGGCCCGGUCGCCCGGCCCCGCCGACCACGCCUCGUCCGACAAUGAGGCGUCCGUGCGGCCGGCGCGCUCGCUCGCCGACAAGAAGGUGACGCUGCGGACGGUGCGCAACUUCAUGCGGCUCGGGCGGUCGCGCCAGUCGUCGCGCGAAAGCACCGCCAGCAGCACGGAGGACGAGGGCAAAUCGCUCAUCGGCGACACGGACUACACGCGGGUCCAGCCCGAACCGGCGGCGGAGGGCGGCGGCGAGGGGCCGGCCGGCCGGUCCGUUGGGUUUGAGGGGGGCGAGGGGCAGGCGGCGGCCCCGGCGGACAGCCCAACGCACGGGCGGGCGGGCGGCGAAAACGUAUCGCAAACGUGCAGCACCCACUCGAACGCGUCCAGCGACGGCGAGGAUGUAACCGCUAAUGAGAAGCUGAAGAAAAUCAAGAGCCUGGCGAAAGGGAACGACCACCUCAAGUCGCAGGACUUUCAGGUCUGCGUUACCGUCAUCGAGGCCCGCCAGCUACCCGGCCUGAACAUGGACCCGGUCGUCUGCAUCCAGGUCGGGGACCAGAAGAAGUACACCAGCGUGAAGGAGAGCACCAACUGCCCGUACUACAACGAGUACUUUGUGUUCGACUUUCACAUGCCGCCGGUGAUGCUGUUCGACAAGAUCAUCACACUUUCCGUCAUCCAUUCACGCAAGUUCAUGCGCUCCGGAACGGUGGUGGGCUCGUUCAAAAUCGAUCUCAAAACAGUCUACGAUGCGCCCGAUCAUCAGUUCUACCACAAGUGGGCCCUGCUGUCCGAUCCGGAGGACUUUGCGGCGGGCCCGAAGGGCUACCUCAAGUGUGACGUCGGCAUCAUCGGCAAGGGCGACACGGUGAAGGUGCCGCCCAAAUCGGAGAAGGACCCGGACGACAUCGAAGCGAACCUGCUGCUCCCGGACGGUGUGCCGAUCGAGCGGCAGCGGGCAAAGUUCAUCGUGAAGGUGUACCGGGCGGACGGGUUGCCGCGCAUGAACUCGUCCAUCAUGGCGAACGUGAAACGUGCGUUCACCGGCGAGACGAAGGAUCUGGUCAACCCGUACGUGCAGGUGUCGUUCGCCGGGCUGACGGGCAAAACGAACGUGAAGAAGGCGUCGUACAAUCCGGUGUGGAACGAGCAGCUCGUCUUUACCGAGAUGUUUCCGCCACUGUGCCAGCGCAUCAAGAUACAGCUGCGCGAUGCCGACCCGAUGAAGCCGUCGAUCAUCGGCACGCACUACAUCGACCUGAAGCAGAUCUCGAACGACGGCGAGAAGGGUUUCCUGCCGACGUACGGGCCCUCGUUCGUGCAUUUGUACGGGUCGACGCGGGACUACAACCUGCUCGACCAGCACUCGAACCUGAACACGGGCCUGGGCGAGGGCGUUAGCUACCGGGCCCGGCUGCUCAUCGCGAUCCGGACGGAGAUUACCGACAACGUGGAGCUGUUCGCCGACAAGAAUGUGGAGGUGGAACCGACGCUGCCGAUCUGCGAGUCGUCCUACUGCAAGACGGACGGGUUCUUCCUGUUCGCGUCCGUGCUCGAGGCGUCGAUGCUGGACAAGAAGGUGUGCGACCGGUCCGUGUACUUCGAGCUGAGCAUGGGCAACGCGGGCAACUCGCUCGACGGGCACAACGAGAGCGCCACCACCAACAUGGACGACGACGACGAUCCGGUGUCGAUCGAUACGACCGCGUACAACAGCACGACGAGCGCGUGCAAACCGAUCUCGCACGACAAGAACCACUACUACCUGCCGUACUGGGACUACAAGCCGUGCAUGGACGUGCGUGCCUGGUUUCCGGACCUGCGGCGCCGCAUGUACAACAGCAACAUGAUCGCGAAGAUCAGCGAGCGGCUGGAGGUGGGCCUGGCCGAGACGAACCUGCUGCUGGAGGACGAGGACCCGACCGCCGAGGUGAAGCUGCGCGGCGUGCUGGAGGAGGUCGCCUCGAGCUGCAACAAGUACGUGACGAUCACGCGCGGCGCCCUGGUCGGGCCGGGCACGGGCAAGACCAAGCUCGACAAGGAGCGGCUGAAGCUGUGCCAGCGCGAGCUCGAAUCGAUCGGCAACAUGGCGCGCAAUCUGCGCGCGCUCGUCACCAAAAGCUCGAUGCGCGAACGGUACCGGACCGCGCAGAGCUACCUCGUGCGGUUGCGCUUCCUGGUGGAGGACCCGCAGCACGCACUGCCGGACGUGUUUGUGUGGAUGAUCGCGAACGGGAAGCGGGUGGCGUACCAUCGGCUGGACGCGCGCGACCUGCUGUACAGCACGAUCGAGGAGGAGACGGGCGUGCACUGCGGCAAGGUGCAGACCGUGUUCCUCAAGCUGCCCGGCCGGCAGGCGGAAGGGCCGGCCGGGUGGCACGUGCGGGCCAAGCUGUCCCUCUACCUGUGGCUCGGCACGCUCAAGCACAAGCGCUUCUUCUACACCGGCCUGCCGAAGGGCUACGAGCUGCUGCACGAGCUGAAGAACGCGGAAAAGGUGAACGUGCCGGCGCCGACCACCGUGCACUACGUCGAGCGGCACGUGUUUCAGCUGCGCGCCCACAUCUACCAGGCCCGGUCGCUGAUCGGGUCGGACGCGUCCGGGCUGAGCGACCCGUACGCGACCGUGUACGUGACCGAGCACGCGAAAACGACGCAGGUGAUCGAGGAGACGCUCAGCCCGACCUGGGACGAGCUGCUCGUGUUCGACGAGGUGACGGUGUACGGCUCGAAGGACGAGAUACGGCGCGACCCGCCCACCAUCGUGAUCGACGUGUACGACCAGGACAAGGUGGGCAAGUCGGACUUUAUCGGGCGCGCGAUCGCCCGGCCGCGGGUGAAGCUGCGCGAGCACCACUACAGCACGCCCGUGCUCGAGUGGUUCGAGAUAACGCGCGGGCUGGACGGGGCCGGCGAGCUGCUCGCCGCGUUCGAGAUGCUCGAGCACGGCUCGGACGACGUGCCGCGCCUGUCCGACCCGAAGUACGUCGCGUGCAGCAGCAGCAGCGGCGAGCACGCGCCGCAACCGACGCUUGCCAUCCUGCCGGUGCCGCAGGAGGUGCGCCCGAAUCUGGCCCGGUUCCGCAUCGAGGUGCUGUUCUGGGGGCUGCGCGACCUGAAGCGCGUCCACUUCAUGACGGUGGACAAGCCGCGCAUCGACAUCGAGUGUUCCGGCCGCAUCCUCAACUCGAGCAUCGUGCAGAACGCGAAAAAGAAUCCCAACUUUGCCAGCAUGCUCAAGUUCUUCGACCUGGACCUGCCGGUCGAGGAGCGGUACGCGCCCCCGAUCACGAUCCGCGCGGUCGACUGCCGGUCGUUCGGGCGGUACACGCUCGUCGGCACGCACCAGAUCACCUCGAUCCACCGGUACAUGCACCGGGCGCUGCCGAAGGAGGACCCGAAGCGGUACAACCAGGACGGGCAGCUGGUGCUGGCCCGGCGGCGCACGGACGCCGGUGGCAACGUGCUGCCCGACGGCGGCAUGCCGAGCGACUCGUGGUCGGGCGAAAACCUCACCCUGUACGGGGCGGCCUGCGUUGCCAAGGGGGUGGGCGGUGGGGCCGGCAGGGCGGGCAAGCGGACGAAGCGCAAGGGCGCGGACGGUGCGCCGGGCGCCGGCUUCGAGGGGCAGGAGGGGGCGGGCCAGGACGGGGACGACGAUGACGAUGGGUCGAGCAAGGACUGGUGGACGAAGUACUUCCUGUCGUACGAGCGGCUGAUCGAGUCGGCCAAGGGUGGCGCAAGCGGGGGAGCGGGUGCCGGCGGGGGAGGCGGGGGCGGCGCGGGAGCGAUGGGUGGCGCGGAGCCGGGCGGCUCGGGCGACGGCGGCAAGAAGCUCGGCGUCAAGACGUCCCGGCUCGUGUCGAAACUGAGCCCGAAGGCGGCGGCGCCGAAGAAGCCGCCGAAUCCGCGCGUCGCCACCUGCCAGAUCUACCCGAGCGAGCUGGAGUCGGUGUACGAGUACGGGCAGUUCCGCGAGUGGCUCCACUCGUUCCCGCUCUACCGGGGCAAGAAGACGGGCGACAGCACGGAGGACGAGACGCGCAUCGUCGGCUUCUUCAAGGGCGCGAUCAAGGUGUACCGGCUGCCGAUCGAGAAGGGCAUGGAGCCGGCGUUCGCGCCCACCCUGCCGCUGAACGAUCCGAUCCACGUGCUGGUGCGCGUGUACGUGGUGAAGGCGACCGAUCUGCACCCGAUGGACCUGAACGGGAAGGCCGACCCGUACGUGGUGCUGCAGCUCGGCAGCAAGCGCGUGUCGGACAAGGACAACUACGUCAGCAAGCAGCUGAAUCCGGUGUUCGGGAAGUGCUUCGAGAUCGAGGCGACCUUCCCGCAGGACUCGAUGCUGACGGUGCAGAUCUUCGACUGGGAUCUGGUCGGCUCGGACGAUCUCAUCGGGGAGACGAAGAUCGACCUGGAGAAUCGGUUCUACAGCCGGCACCGGGCCAUGUGCGGCAUCUCCAUGCGCUACGAAGACUCCGGCUACAACAUCUGGCGCGAUCCGAUGAAGCCGACCCAGAUCCUGUCGAAGCUGUGCAAGGACAACAAGCUGGAGGCCCCGCAGUACCUGCAGGACCGCGUCACGAUCGGGCGCUGCUGCUUUCUGUUCACGAGCGAGGAGAUCCAGACCUGGUCCAGCCCGACCUCGAUCAAGUACCGGGACGAGCAUCUGGCGCUGGCCGUGCUGCACCGCUGGGAGGAGAUGCCGCGCGUCGGCUGUAAGAUCGUGCCGGAGCACAUCGAGGCGCGGUCGCUGUACAACAGCGACAAGCCGGGCAUCGAGCAGGGCAAGCUGGAGAUGUGGGUCGACAUGUUCCCGAUGGACAUGCCGCUGCCGGGGCCACCGGUCGACAUCUCGCCCCGCAAGCCGAAGUCGUACGAGCUGCGCGUGGUGAUCUGGAACACCGAUGACGUCGUGCUGGAGGACGAUGCCUUCUUCACCGGCGAAAAGAUGUCCGACAUCUACGUGAAAGGCUGGCUGAAGGGACCGCAGGACAUGCAGGCGACCGACAUCCACUACCGGUCGCUCACCGGCGAGGGCAACUUCAACUGGCGCUUCAUCUACCCGUUCGAGUAUCUGGCGGCCGAGGAGCGGAUCGUGCUGUCGCGCAAGGAGUCCCUCUUCAGCUGGGACGAGACGGAGGUGAAGAUACCGGCCCGGCUCGAGCUGCAGGUGUGGGACGCGGACCACUUCUCCGCGGACGACUUCCUUGGCGCCAUCUCGCUCAACCUGAACCGGUUUCCGCGCGGCGCCAAAUCGUCCAAGCUGUGCACGCUCGACAUGCUGCGCACGGACAACGUGCCGACGGUGAACAUCUUCAAGCAGAAGCGCGUCCGCGGCUGGUGGCCGUUCUUCAUCAAGAAGGAGAACGACGAGAUGGAGCUGACCGGCAAGGUGGAGGCGGAGAUCCAUCUGCUGACGAAGGAGGAGGCGGAAAAGAAUCCGGCCGGGUUCGGGCGCAACGAGCCGGACCCGCUCGAAAAGCCAAAUCGACCGGACGCCUCGUUCAUGUGGUUCCUGAACCCGCUCAAGUCGGUCCGGUACAUCGUCUGGCACAACUACAAGUGGAAGAUCAUCAAGGGGCUGAUCAUCAUCGGGAUCGCCAUCCUGCUGCUGCUGUUCUUCUACGCCGUGCCGGGCUACACGGUCAAGAAGAUGCUCGGUGCUUAAGCAGAGCGAAAGGAAGAGGCUCGAGUCACACCCACACACACACACACACACACUAACAAUCAACCGAAUCCGAACGCAACUCAAACCACCAAAAAUCGAACCGAACCGUUUAACGAGAUACAAUCACGCGCUUUGAUCUAUCGAUACAGCUUUCCCAUCUUACCGAUUCUUACCACAAAGUUUACAAGCACAAAGUCGGCAAGGCGCUGAAGUUGAACGCACAAAAAUCAACGAUGACCGCCCGUGCAACGUGCUGCCCUGACCUUGGGCCUUGGCUGCCGUUGCUGGUUAGGAAAUCGUCCAACGCGACACCAAAGUAGCGUAGCGUAGCGUACUUAGUUAAAACAAAAAUGAAGCGACCGGCAAAUCCGCUGGUAGAUGGCACUAGCACGAGCAGAUUUAAAAACACACAGACACAACCGAAUCCCCAAAAGUAUUUAUACAUAUUCAUAUAUACACUGACCAUUACACUGACGAUGUUUUAUGCAACGAAAGGCCAUCAAAUUCAUCAACGGGUCAUCAUCAGCACCUAAAAAGAUCCAACUCCCUUCCCACGCGUUUGUAGGAACAACCAAUUUGUGUACAUACACACACACAGACACACGCACUCACAAACACACACCACACUCCCAUGAAGCACUAGUAGAUCCUCCCGGAGAAGUGUAUUGGUAUGUUCCGACCAGGACCUAAGGACCAAACCGUUUUUUCUCACACUGCAAUAUUUGUUGUUUCAAUCCGUUGCUGUUUAAACGUACAAUUAGAGCUUACAAACCAAAACCACGAAAACAAAGAAGAGGAAAACCGGUACGCUAAGGAACGGGCGUACGCACACGGAUACACAUGGGCGCACAAGCCAUUGCACCACAAACUAUCAGAACAAUCUAUACUAAUCGUUAUCAGAGGCUCUAUCUAAAACUGUUUCAUAUACAUAUAUAUAUAUAUAUAUACACACACACAUAUAUAUACAUACAUAUAUUUAGGUAUACAAAGCUAAACAAGCGUCGGGACGCUUGCCCCUUUUUCGCUCUUCAAGGAGACACACACGUACACACAAACACAAACUUAGUGAGGUAGUGGUAGCGCAGCUAUUUAGCGAUCCGUUUUUCCUCCGAACUUGCUGGCGCGCGCUAGCACACACGUAAACACACUUGUAUAGUAGAUAGUGCAAAGAGAAAAGACAUCCAAUUUAACCUAAUCAAAAUCUUAACCAAUCAAACCAAACGGAAAGGGCAAAAGGGGACGGGCCACCGGCCACACCGUGUUGGCCGGUAUGCACUUACUUGCUUCGAAUCAGUUUUGAAGCAUUGUUUUGCAUACCUUUAGGCGGGCUUAGCAGGGCGGAGAGUUAAGCAUUGGCAAACGGUUGCAUCUCGGCUUUGCAGAAAGUCGCGUUUGGUGUUUUAUUGCAAAAAUGAUUGCACAAAUAAUCAUUUUGCCUUGGUAGGGAAUUUUAGUUUAAUGUUUUUUCAAAUGGAACCGGUUAAAAAAGCAAACAAAGCCCAACAAUUGCAUACCGUCCGGCGCUCGAAUGCGGUUCGGCGCCAGAAUGUAGACUAGUGAUGUGCUCUCUGGAGUGCACCCACGACUCCGAUCUGACUCCGAAUAUUGUUGGCCGAAUUCCGACCCCAUUCCGAGUCCUUCGAAGUUGGAGUAGUAUGGAAUCGCCUGAAGUCGUCCGGAGUCGACCGGAGUCGUCAGGAUUCGUUUGGAGUCGUUCGCACGGGCGUUGGAGUCAUUCAAAGUUCGACUCCGACUUCGUACUAUUCCAGACGACCUCGGGCGACUUCGAACUACUCCGGAUGACUUCGGGCGACUCCGGAUGACUCCGGAUGACUUCGGGCGACUCCACGCGUCUCCUACUGCGAACGACUCCAAACGAAUCCUGACGACUCCGGACGACUCCAGACGACUCCGGGCAACUCCAUACUACUCCGACUUCCAACAACUCCAAACGACUCCAGGCGACUCCAGAAGACUCCGGACGACUCCGAGCGAUUCCGAACGACUCCGGAUAAUGCUGGGCGGACCUACCUUGCGGAGUCGGCUUCGAAAUUAUCGGAGUCGGAUCAGAGUCGACUUCAGAUUUUUGUCAACUUUACUCAUCACUAAUAAAAACCAUUGGGUAGUGUGCGCUCGAGCAAACCGGACGUACCGAACGCCCGAAAGGUAUGCAAACAUUGCAUCACGGAGCUGCAUCGAUUGUGAAGCACGUUUCUGGGUCAACCCAUUGCCAAACCGGGCGUCGGUGGCCUGACCUUACUACUGUUACACUCUUUAUCGUUAUCUAUAAAACAUACCACCCCCCCCCCCUUUCCAAUCCCCGCAGCCUCCGUCGACGUUCGGCUCCUGUUGUCCAUUACUCCCCCCAUUAGCGUGUGAGGCGACAACCAUGCGACCAUGCGCCGAUGAUGCACACGGGAUUUUUCUCACCCUCCCCCCCCUCCCCCUUCCCCCCUUCACCGUACUUAUAAUAGAGUUAUAUCCAAGUGUUGAGAUGUGUUGAUUUCACUUACCUACAUUUAUCAAGACACAAAUAAAAAGCUUUAAAAUAAACGAACACAAUCAUUCCGGAUUCUGCC